AUGGAGCCGGUUCAAGCGGUUGAUUCAGGUGGAGAUGCCACUAAACUGGCUGAAAUUGGAGUGGCCGCCAUCAAGCCGGAAUUUUUGAAAAAAUCUGGGGUACGUCUUUGAAUUUUUAUUAUUUUCUUUCUUAGGACAUCGUUGUUGAUGAAAACCGGCGAACAGAACCUGCAGUGGUCAAUGUUGAGGCGGAAAAGGCGCGGAAAGCCGCUAGGCGAGGUCAGGAUCGAAAACGAGAAAAGAAAAUGGCCCAUGCCAUGGCUGAUGUGAGGCUAAAUUCCGUUCGGUUGUGUCCGUCGUUGUUGAUUCCCGGGCGGGAAUGCAAGUUCGGAGCCAAGUGUAAUGCUCUUCACGAUUUGGGAGAGUACAUGAAGCAGAAGCCAGCUGAUAUUGGUAAGUUUUUUUAAUGGCCUAUAUUACACCUAGUAAAUUUUCUUUAUUAUUUUUUCGAAGUUUAGGUGAUACCUGCGUGAUCUACGAUCAAGUUGGACGAUGUAAUUUUGGAGUUUCUUGUCGUUUUGCGGGUGCUCAUACGGAUCCGACUAGUUUUGAACAGAAAUCCAAAGAUCCGGAUCCAAAAUUCCAACCGAAUCUCAACUCCGAAGCAGUGAAGCUGCAGAUCGCCAUGAGAAAGCACCAGUACGAUUUUAGCCUCUCCGACAACGUUGUAAAAGAAUAUAGGCAGCAAAAAGAAGAAGAUAGUUCAAUUGGAGCCAUGGAAAGGGAGAAACUCAAGUUGAAUAUGAAAGAUCUGAAAGGAAAGAAGUAUUUGGCUCCGCUGACUACAGUUGGCAACCUUCCUUUCCGUCGAUUAUGUGUGGAACUUGGUGCCGAAGUUACUUGCGGUGAAAUGGCAAUCGCUACUAGCUUGUUACAGGUAAAUUUUCUGCUCCACUUGACUUCAAUUUCGAAUUUUGUUAUAUUGUCUAUGAUGUGGUGUAGAAUUAUCUUUCUUCCAGGGGAAUCCGAGUGAAUGGUCGUUGGUAAAGCGUCAUCCAACUGAGAAAAUCUUUGGGGUUCAACUGGCUGGAGGCUAUGCGGACACAAUGUCUAAAGCCGCCCAAAUUCUCACGGAAAAUAUGGAAGUGGACUUUAUCGAUAUCAAUCUUGGCUGUCCCAUUGAUGCUGUGAAUGAUAAAGGCGGUGGCUGCGCAUUGUUCAACCGGUCCAGCAAACUUUCGGAGGUAGGUCAUCAUGGAUACUAUAAUUGAUCAAAAUUUUGGAAAACGUCUUUGUCAUGUGUAAUAUAGAUUAUAUAUUGUCUUUUUAGGUGGUUCAUUGUAUGCAAAAUGUGAUGAGCGAGACCCCAUUGUCCGUGAAGAUGAGAUAUGGCCUAAAAGAAGGAGAAAGAGUUGCUCAUAAAGUAAUCCAAAAAUUGGUCGAUGGAUACCCUCCACAGCUAAUCACACUGCACCCCAGAUCAAAGUAAGCUCUGAGAUUGUAAUGGGAUGAAAAGGUUAUUUACCGAAGUCGUAUUUAGCGAGUUAUGACUAAAAAGAGAUUGUUUUAUAAAUUUAUACAUGCUUCUUGGACAAAUCUUGUCGCUACAUAGCGAAGGUUCGGCUUGAAGAAGUCAUUUUUGUCCUCACAUAUUCUUUAUACCGAAGUUUCACUGUGUCAUGUCCAAAUUGCAGAGAACAACGCUACACAAAAGCCGCCGAAUGGGAUUACGUCCCACAAUGUGCUGACGCGGCCCAAGGAAAAGUCCCAUUGUGGGUGAGUGGCGACACCUACAACUAUGUUGACUACUACAAAAAUUUGGAGCAGCAUACAAUAGAUGGAGUCAUGAUUGGGCGUGGCGCACUCAUCAAACCAUGGCUCUUCACGGAGAUUGAUGAGAAAAGAGACUGGGACAUCUCGGCCUCGGAAAGAUUGGAUUUGAUCCGAAAAUUCUGCAAUUACGGCCUCGAACAUUGGGGCAGCGAUGAUGCCGGAGUGCAGACUACACGUCGCUUUUUGCUGGAAUGGCUCAGUUUCCAACAUCGUUAUGUUCCAGCCGGGAUUUUGGAAUAUUUACCCGCCAAGAUCAACCAAAAACCCCCGCCCUAUUUUGGAAGGUCCGAUUUGGAAACGUUGCUGGCCAGCCGCGCCUCGAGUGACUGGCUGAAAAUUACCGAAAUGUUCUUGGGGCCGCCUCCAGAAGGCUAUUUGUUCAUCCCCAAGCACAAAGCCAAUGCCUAUUGA